CAGGUCGUUUUCCAUGCUGCACCCUGAACGCAGCAUCACGUUUUUACGUGAUUGCGUCACUCCCCCUGCCCAGCCCUUGUCUUGUGCGCGUGCUCAGCUUCAGUCCUGAAUCACAGUCAUCAUGGCGUCCUUAUCGAUGGCCCCGGUCAACAUCUUCAAACAUGGAGCCGACGAGGAGAAAGCAGAAACUGCUCGACUGUCGUCCUUCGUGGGAGCCAUCGCCAUCGGAGAUCUGGUGAAGAGCACUCUGGGACCGAAGGGGAUGGAUAAGAUCCUGCUGGGUGGAGGAAAAGGUGGUUCAGUGACCGUGACCAACGAUGGAGCGACCAUCCUGAAGGCCAUCGGGGUCGACAACCCGGCCGCCAAAGUCCUGGUUGACAUGUCCAAGGUCCAGGAUGAUGAAGUGGGAGACGGGACGACCUCGGUGACCGUGCUCGCUGCAGAGCUGCUGAGGGUAAAGAUCUCUCCUCACAGACUCCAGUCCGGCUCUUUGUAA